ACAUCAUAGGGAGACAGAAGGUUGGCUUCUCCCUAGAUCCUGAGUCUCCGGGUACCAACGUACCUCAGUUCUUCGGAUAAUCUCAGAUAAAAACCACCAGAACCAAUUAGAUUAAUCCUUCUGCUUCUUUGGCGGCUUACACAAGUCUUAGACAAAGAACUACAAAUCCCAGAAGGUGUCAAAAUGGCGCUGCCUACGACGUACAGCUCGUUUGUUUGAACUCUAAUUCUCCUCUGCCCCCGUUUUUAAACUACCAUAUCGUCACUCGUCUCGCCUCCUUGGAGUGACACCAUGAAGGUGGUGAACCUGAAACAGGCCAUUUUGCAGGCCUGGAAAGAGCGAUGGAGUGACUACCAAUGGGCAAUCAACAUGAAAAAAUUCUUUCCCAAAGGAGCCACCUGGGACAUUCUCAACCUAGCAGAAGCGCUCCUGGAGCAGGCCAUGAUUGGACCUUCCCCCAAUCCUCUUAUCCUGUCUUACCUGAAGUAUGCCAUUAGUUCCCAGAUGGUGUCCUGCUCCUCCGUGCUCACCGCCAUCAGUAAGUUUGAUGACUUUUCCCGGGACCUGUGUGUCCAGGCUCUGCUGGACAUCAUGAACAUGUUUUGUGACCGACUCAGUUGCCACGGCAAAGCAGAGGAAUGCAUCGGGCUGUGCCGAGCGCUUCUUAGCGCCCUCCACUGGCUGCUUCGAUGUACAGCAGCUUCUGCGGAGCGACUCCAGGACGGGCUGGAGGCUGGCACUUUGGCCCCUGGGGAGAAGCAGCUUUCCUUGUGCUUGCAGUGCCUGGAGAAGACCCUGAGCAGCACGAAGAACCGAGCCCUGCUGCACAUCGCCAAACUAGAGGAGGCCUCAUUGCAUACAUCCCAGGGACUUGGGCAGGGUGGCACCCGAGCCAAUCAACCAACAGCCUCCUGGACUGCCAUUGAGCAUUCUCUUCUAAAACUGGGGGAGAUCCUGGCCAGUCUCAGCAACCCCCAGCUCCGGAGCCAGGCUGAGCGUUGCGGCACACUCAUCAGGAGCAUCCCCACCAUGCUGUCUGUGCACUCAGAGCAGCUGCACAAGACUGGCUUCCCCACCGUCCACGCGCUCAUCUUGCUUGAGGGCACCAUGAACCUGACAGGGGAGAUGCAGCCCCUGGUGGAGCAGCUGAUGAUGGUGAAGCGCAUGCAGCAUAUCCCCACACCUCUCUUUGUCCUGGAAAUCUGGAAAGCUUGCUUUGUGGGACUCAUUGAGUCUCCCGAGGGUACGCAGGAGCUGAAGUGGACAGCUUUCACCUAUCUCAAGAUUCCACAGGUUUUGGUGAAGUUGAAGAAAUAUUUUCAUGGGGAGAAGGACUUCACUGAGGAUGUCCACUGUGCUUUUGAGUUCCUGUUGAAGCUCACACCCUUGUUGGACAAAGCUGACCAGCGCUGCAAUUGUGACUGCACAAACUUCCUCCUCCAGGAGUGCAACAAGCAGGGGCUUCUGUCUGAGGUCAACUUUGCCAGCCUUGUGGGCAAGCGCACAGCGGAUCGGGACCCCCAGCUAAAGUCAUCCGAAAACGCUAACAUCCAGCCCAAUCCUGGCCUGAUCCUGCGGGCAGAGCCCACAGUCACAAACAUCCUCAAGACAAUGGAUGCAGAUCACUCCAAGUCCCCGGAAGGGCUGCUGGGGGUUCUGGGGCACAUGCUGUCCGGGAAGAGCCUGGACUUGCUGCUGGCUGCCGCUGCUGCCACUGGAAAGCUUAAGUCCUUUGCCCGGAAAUUCAUCAAUCUGAAUGAGUUCACUACCCACGGCAGUGGAGAGAGCACGAAAACAGCCUCGGUUCGUGCCUUGCUCUUUGACAUCUCCUUCCUCAUGCUAUGCCACGUGGCCCAGACCUAUGGCUCAGAGGUGAUUCUCUCCGAGUCAAGCUCUGGAGAAGAAGUCCCCUUCUUUGAGACUUGGAUGCAGACCUGCAUGCCUGAGGAGGGCAAGAUUUUGAACCCUGACCACCCGUGCUUCCGGCCUGACUCCACCAAAGUCGAGUCCUUGGUGGCCCUACUCAACAACUCUUCAGAGAUGAAGCUAGUACAGAUGAAGUGGCACGAGGCCUGCCUGAGCAUUUCAGCAGCCAUUUUGGAAAUCCUCAACGCUUGGGAGAAUGGGGUUCUGGCCUUCGAGUCCAUCCAGAAAAUCACCGAUAAUAUCAAGGGAAAGGUAUGCAGUCUGGCGGUGUGUGCUGUGGCUUGGCUUGUGGCCCACGUCCGGAUGCUGGGGCUGGACGAGCGUGAGAAGUCACUGCAGAUGAUCCGCCAGUUGGCAGGGCCACUGUACAGUGAGAACACCCUGCAGUUCUACAAUGAGAGGGUGGUGAUUAUGAACUCAAUCUUGGAACACAUGUGUGCGGACGUGCUACAGCAGACAGCCACGCAGAUCAAGUUUCCAUCCACGGGCGUGGACACGAUGCCCUACUGGAACCUGCUUCCUCCCAAACGCCCCAUCAAGGAGGUACUGACAGACAUCUUUGGCAAGGUACUGGAGAAGGGCUGGGUGGACAGCCGCUCCAUCCACAUCCUUGACACCCUGCUGCACAUGGGCGGCGUCUACUGGUUCUGCAACAACCUGAUUAAGGAGCUGCUGAAGGAAACUCGCAAGGAGCACACGUUAAGGGCAGUCCAGCUGCUCUACUCCAUCUUCUGUCUGGACAUGCAGCAAGUUACCCUGGUUCUGCUGGGCCAUAUCCUGCCUGGGCUGCUUACUGACUCCUCCAAGUGGCACAGACUUAUGGACCCUCCUGGCACCGCAUUAGCCAAACUAGCUGUGUGGUGUGCCCUGAGUUCUUACUCCUCCCACAAGGGACAAGCAUCCUCCCGACAGAAGAAGAGACACAGAGAAGACAUUGAGGACUACAUCAGCCUCUUCCCUGUGGAAGACAUGCAGCCUUCGAAGCUUAUGCGACUCCUGAGCUCCAAUGAGGAUGACGCCAACAUCCUGUCAAGUCCCACUGACCGCUCCAUGAACAGCUCCCUCUCAGCUUCCCAGCUCCACACAGUCAACAUGAGGGACCCUCUGAACAGAGUCCUGGCCAACCUGUUCCUGCUCAUUUCCUCCAUCCUGGGUUCACGUACCGCUGGCCCCCACACCCAGUUUGUGCAGUGGUUCAUGGAGGAGUGUGUGGGCUGCCUGGAGCAGGACAGCAGGGGCAGCAUUCUGCAGUUCAUGCCCUUCACUACCGUAUCAGAACUGGUGAAGGUGUCUGCUAUGUCCAGCCCCAAGGUGGUUCUGGCCAUCACAGACCUCAGCUUGCCCCUGGGCCGGCAGGUGGCUGCCAAAGCCAUCGCUGCACUCUGAGGAGCUCCACGGGGCCUGCAAUGGGUCCCAGCCCCUCCAAGCAGGGAGCCAGGAGACUGAGAUCUUCCCAGCCCUGCCCUGCACACCUCCCAGUCGCUUUUGUAGUUUCUGUCCUUUCAACCAGCACCCAAAGACUCUGAGCCAUCCGUCCCUAUGGUCACCCCAGUUCUAGCAGUAGCUGUACUUCGAGGAACUUUACAGGGCCACAGUAUGUAUAUAAGUUUAUUUUUAUAACCCAUGAAUGGAGAGGCCCCCUUGGUUCCUCUGUAAAUAAAGAUCCUUGUGGCUAUCAAG